UCUGCCUUAUACAUAUCAAAUUUCAAAACUGAUAAGCGUAAGCAUGGCUCUGCACGGUUUUAUUGGGACUCAAAUAGAACUCAAGUCACCUGCUGAUAAGUUCUACAAAGUCUUCAAGGGUCAAGCCCACCUCAUCCCAAAUGUUUCUUCUGGCCAUAUCAAAGGCAUUCAGGUGCAUGAAGGAGAUUGGGAAACGCACGGCUCUGUUAAGAUCUGGAAUUAUCAUCUAGGGGACGAAGUUGGGACACUCAAGGAAAAAGUCGAGUACGACGACGAGAACAAGGCGGCAACUCUGAUUGGAUUGGACGGAGAAAUGUUCAAGUAUUACAAGAGCAUUAAGGGCAUCUUUCAGUUCGCUCAAAAGGGUGAUGUUAGCGUUGCCAACCUGACAAUUCACUAUGAGAAACGGAAUGCGGAUGUUGAAGCUCCAGAUAGAUAUGUUGGUCUCAUGGUUACCCUCGUCAGGGAUCUUGAUGCUCACUUUGCCAAGGCAUAAUCGAAUAUCAAAAGCA